UUCACCUCAUCCCCUGUCCACGAUCGAUCUGGUAAUAAAAUCGAACCGAGGCGAGAGCUUCGCAUUGCAUACCUUACCUUACCUCCCGCAUUGCAUUGCAUCUCCCGUGGAAUACCACCACCACAGCACCGCUCCCCUGUCUCUCAGCCUCAGCCUCAGCCUCAGCCAUCAAAGAGAAAUCCAGUGUCCUGCACAAGAAUUCCAUCCCAACGCCCAGACCUCCAGCGAUCCACGCGAAGAAUUUAAGCCUGCCACCCCAGCGCCGCCGCCUCUCCACUAGAACUAGUCCAACUUCUCUCCUCCGCACGCACCAACCAACCCUUCGCACCCGCUUGGUCGUUCAUCACGUUUGGCCCGUCCCUUGCCUCGACCUGCCAUCUUUCACACAAAGACACACACCCCGUCGAACCACCUCCGCCGAGAAAGAGCCUUCAUCCGCCACCACACUGUCAUCACCGCGCUCACAACCACCAUAUCCCUGCUGUCCUCGUCGUCGUCGGCGCCUACUCCGUCCCCGCAACCCGCCGGUCUUCCGGACGACCUCAACGCGAGCCAUCUACCCCCAAACCAGUCUAUCUAGACUCCUCGCGACAUCACACAACUCACAAUGGCUUCCAAAUUCCUACGGGAAUACAAACUGGUCGUCGUCGGCGGUGGAGGAGUGGGAAAGAGUUGUCUGACCAUCCAGCUCAUCCAGUCGCAUUUCGUAGAUGAAUACGACCCGACAAUUGAAGACUCCUACCGCAAGCAAUGCGUCAUCGACGACGAAGUCGCCCUCCUCGACGUGCUCGACACGGCCGGCCAAGAAGAGUACAGCGCCAUGCGCGAGCAAUACAUGCGCACGGGUGAAGGCUUCCUGCUGGUGUACAGCAUCACGUCGCGCGAGAGCUUCGACGAGAUUGUCACGUUCCAGCAGCAAAUAUUGCGCGUCAAGGAUAAGGACUACUUCCCGAUCAUUGUGGUGGGCAACAAGUGCGAUUUGGAGGCGGACCGAAAGGUCAGCACGGAAGAGGGCCGCCAACUCGCCGAAUCUUUCGGCUGCAAAUUCAUCGAGACUUCCGCCAAGUCACGCAUCAACGUCGACAACGCCUUCUACGAUAUCGUGCGCGAGAUCCGGAAAUACAACAAGGACAUGUCUGGCUACCCAUCCGGCGCAGCAGGCGGCGGUGGAGGCCGGAACGGGCCAAAGGACGAGAUGGGAUUCCAGGACCAAGAGGGGGAGGCAGGGUGUUGCGCAAAGUGCGUCGUUAUGUAA